AGUGCACAUCAGCUGUGCUUGUAGAUAAUAUUUCUUGCUUUAUUUUCUUAAAAACACUAUAACCAAAUUAGUUUAACAAAAAAAAAACUAAAACACCGAUACAAAACUACUAACAAAAGUGAAGAAGAAGCUAGAUGAGAUUCAUGGUCGCUUUUCUAGUGGCCGUGAUUGAAGGGUGUCCUCCACAUGAGACACUUGACUGACAUGACUGACUGCUGUCUGGGAUUUCUUGAAUUGUAACUCUUCGCCCCUCGUGGCGUGAUAAUGACAACGCUGUGUCACAUCUGUAAUUAUGAGCAUCACGUCUACGCUAGAAAUGUGAACCUAUACAGCCAGGUUCAGCCAAAAUCUCAUUUACUCAAUCAAUAGCAACAAGCCAUUCCACAAGAGACACUUCUACUAUGUGAACAGACUGAACAUCAGAAUGACAGCAGUUUAACAAUGCAAACGUCUCAUUUCACUCAAAAGCAAAACUGUGUGAAGGGACAACUUCCCCAUUUCACUCCAAAACAAGACUGUAACAAAGGGAGAAAAAUAUUGACACAUUUACUCUAAUAUGUAAUAGUAACACUAACGCAAUGUUCUGACCAUGUCAGAUGGCGCACGCAAAAAAACUCUCGUGCCGCAAUACUGUGAGAAAACCGGUUCCCUGGGAAGAGAGAGGUAUCUGCCUGUCCGACUAUUUCCUUUAAACUAUCGCGUUUCCGAGGGUCCUGAACGUCUCAAACUAAGGGGCGGGCUUAGUAAAGUUUUCAGGAAGCAGUUUCGCGUCUCAAACAGAAAGUUUUUUUUUCUCCGGCUUAGUUUUCCAGCUUUUUUCGUCGUUGUUGUUAGUAAUUAAGAGUAAAGAGACAGGAAAUGCAAAGCAACGCAUAUGGAGCCCCGCUGGCAGGUGGCGCGUUCGACUUGGAGGGGUUUCUGAAAAAGCCUCAGACGAUUCUGCGAUGCCUGAGUUGGCUCUUUGCCAUCGUGGUGUUCGCCACCAUCACGGCGGAGGGCUACGUCAACAACUCCUCGGAGCGGGAGCCCACGUGCAUGUUCAACCGGCGGGAUAGCGCGUGCAGCUAUGGCGUGGGGAUCGGCGUGCUGGCCUUCCUGGCGUGUGUGGCCUUCCUGGUGUUGGACGCCUACUUCCCACAGAUCAGCAACGCCAAGCAGAGGAAGUACAUCAUCAUCGGGGACUUGGGCUUCUCAGGGGCGUGGACGUUGCUGUGGUUCAUCUGCUUCUGCGUCCUGGCCAACCAAUGGUCUUGGACCACCAGCCCCGCUGUGCCGGCUGACGCCGCUCGCGCCGUGGUGGCGUUCUCCUUCUUCUCCAUCCUCACCUGGGCUCUGCUGUCCUAUUUUGCCUACGAGCGGUAUCGCCAAGGCCUGAGCGACUUGAAUCAGCAGUACGCAGACCCCGCUGGGGACCCCGAGUACCCUCCUGCCCCCUACUCCAGCGGCAACAGUGGCCCCACCGGCUACCAGCAGUCCCCUUUUUCCGAAAACCAGGAGACUCCAGGAGAGUAUCAACCCCCGACUUACUGAAAGACUGACGUUCCCAAAGUCCAACAGAAAGGAGUGGAGGGCGUUCUUUGCCAAAGACCCAAAACGGACACCUCCCUGCCCUCCUUGUGUCUCUCACCGGAACAUGCACGCUUUAUUGUGGUGAAUGAUUAUAUAUUUUUUAAUGAGUUGCUUCUCCGGGAGAGAAAAGGAGGGCCCCGCUUCUUUCUUGUCUUUGUCCCAAAACCACUUGAAAUCAGCCUCGGUGCGCAGUAUCAUCACAGAGGUUCAGAAAAAAGAAAAAACAAACAAACCAAAAAACAACAACAACCACAAAAACUACCACUGUACUCAUUUAUUUUAUUUAAUAAUCACUAAGUAAUGGCUUUUGUGCACUGCAUAGGCAUCAAUCUAGGAAUAUUUUUAUUCUAUUUUAAUGUCAAUGGUUUUUGGUUGGUAGUCCUAUGUUUUUUGGCGGGGGGGAUUUUCAAGCCGAGUGCUCCAAACAUUUUCUGUGCCAAGUCACAUAUUUAACAUUAGAAAUAUCUCAUGGCGCAGCAACAAACAAACCAAAAUGGCACAAAAGAUAACUGUAACGUCAAUGUGGGGAAAAAUCUUAUGCAUCUCCUUAAUGAAAAAAUUUCAAGAGAUUUAAAAAUGAAUACCGGUAAUAUAAACGUGCUGUCUUGCUCGAGUCAUCAAACAUCGCAUGGUAUGUACAUAUACCAUUGUGCACUAACAUCAACACACCACCUGCCUUGCAAAUUUAGUAUAACUGGUUACAUCUUCCCAAACUUUUUUUGUGUGUUUUUUUAAGGUCUAUGCGCCAUGAGGAGGAGUGUUGUGGGUGGAAAUUAUUUUGUACACAAUGAACCUUUAUGGCUGUCCGCUUCCUUCUGCAUCUAUGUCACACUAUUUCCCCCGUUUUCAUCUGAAAAAACACAGCCAAACUUUCAAUCUUAAAGUGGCAUUAUGCUGUGUAACUCCUGCAGUGAUUUCUGGACACUUCCCAGACCUCUGAGGGAUUCAAGAGAGUGACUAGAUUUGUCCUUGUGCUAGUUUCAAAGCUCUAAAUUGCGUACAAUUAACAGAAGGCGUGGGAACAGACCAAUAGUAGCGAUUUGUGAAAAGUCCGAAAGCCCAUUAUCCUCUUAUUCGCUGUUUUUGUGCUCAAGACAAAGCAGCCAGUUACUUUGGUGCUACCUUGUGUCUUACUCGUGCCAAGGAACUACAUCGAAGUGGUUUUCGGACCUUCAUCAGCCAAAAGUAGUUCUUUGCUGCUGCCGUUUGUCAUCGGUCUGUAGUUACAAACCUUGCACAUUUUUACUGCGUACUCAGCCCCGAACCUGCGUAUUCAGUUAGGAAUGGCAACUUCUAUGUACCUUAUAUAUGCUCGUGAAAGAGCACUUAUUGCUUUCGCCUAUCACUCACUACAUGUUGCUAGCAUAGAUGGAUAAAUAUUAUUUAUUGAAGUCGAUAAUCAUUUUGAGACCAAUUAAGUGGAAUGGCAUCAUUUUUCAUGGCACAUUGGUGGUUGGCAAACACUGCUUGAAGGUAGAAGGGCCACAUGAUUUGAUUUGUGUAACUUGUGUUGCUUUGCUUUGCUUUUUUUUCUGCACGUCGGCCACCAUUUGAUGACCGCAGUUCAUCUGGUCAGGCACAGGGCAGUCACAUGACUAACAUGCCACUGACUGCAUGAUGAUAUUUUUGCUUCUUUGGGACUGUUUUGCCUCUAAAUUGCACUGGAGAAAAGACAAACUCAAGUGCCUGACACAGUAUUCUCUUUGCCAAAUAAUACAAUUUUUAAACGGUU